AUGGCUACCGUGGUUUUGAAGCGUACUGGAGACAAGAUGCCAUUGGUCGGGUUUGGCCUUUGGAAAGUCACCAAGUCAUCUUGCGCUGACACCGUAUACGAGGCCAUCAGGGCUGGCUAUCGCCUUCUUGAUGGUGCUGGCGACUAUGGAAAUGAGAAAGAAGCUGGAGAAGGUCUCAGACGCGCUUUGGCAGACGGUCUUGUAAAACGCGAGGAGAUAUCACCGAAGCUAUGGAAUACUUUUCACAAGCGAGAACAUGUAGCAGCAUUGGCGCAGAAGCAGCUCGAGCUUUGGGGAAUUGACUACUUCGAUUUGUUCUUGGUCCACUUCCCUGUUGCUCUUCAAUACGUUGACCCGAACCACCGCUACCCACCGGAAUGGUGGGGAGAUGACGGGAAAGUACACCUCCAAAACACCCCCAUGCAAGAGACAUGGGAGGCUAUGGAAGCGCUCGUCGACAGUGGCAAGGCCAAGAACAUUGGUGUCAGCAAUUGCCAGGGCUCUAUUAUUUUGGACAUCCUGCGAUAUGCAAGAAUCGAGCCUCAAGUCCUCCAGGUGGAAUUGCACCCUUACCUCACCCAGGAGGCUUUGGUUAAGCUAGCGAAGACCUUGGGACUUGCCAUCACUGCCUACUCGUCGUUUGGUCCCCAGGGCUAUGUCGAACUCGGCAUUGAGAAGGACGUUCCCAGUUUGUUGAGCGUUGAGUCUGUUGCCUCGAUUGCGGCAGAGCACAAGAAGACUCCUGCCCAAGUUCUGCUGCGUUGGGCGACCCAGCGGGGCAUUGCUGUUAUCCCCAAGUCCAAUUCCGCAGCACGGCUCGCCGAGAACUUGGACUGCAACUCGUUCAAUUUGACUGAAGACCAGAUCAAGAGCAUCAGCACCUUGAACAUUAACUUACGAGUAAGCUUUCUUUUAAACGACCCUUCUGAGAUCGAUCCGAGAUUGGGUAUCUUCGCGUAG